CCCUUUUCCGGAAGUGACGCACGGUGGGGUUGCCGGAAGAAGUGGCGAAGUUACUUUUGAGGGGACUCGAGCAGCGGCGGCGUGCCAGGGGACACAGAGAAGGAGGAAGAGAGGCAGAGCAAGGGGACGGAGGCAGCUCGCGCCGCCUCCGGCUGUUUCCAGGGCAACGGGAGUAGGAGACCCCGCGAGAGGACGCCCACGAGACCCUCGCGCGCAGCCAUGAGCCCCGCCCCCCACUGGUGCUCGGAGAGGGGCGGGACCUGGAGCGAGGCUGCUCCGUGACCCCACCAUGUCCACCCCUACCACGAGUUCCCAGGACUCGCCCUUGCCUGGACAUGGCCCCCCUCAGCCCAGCGCCCCCUCCUCUUCACCCGCUGUAAAGGACGAGGGUCCUGAGCCGUGGCCUGGGGGUCGGGACCCUGAUGUCCCAGGCGCUGAUGGGGCCGGGUCGGCCUGCAGUGUGGUCACCCCCGACCCAGCCGAGGAGCCGGAGCGCAAGCGGAAGAAGGGCCCGGCCCCGAAGAUGCUGGGCCACGAGCUGUGCCUCGUGUGCGGCGACACGGCCUCCGGCUUCCACUACAACGUGCUCAGCUGUGAAGGCUGCAAGGGCUUCUUCCGGCGCAGCGUGGUCCGAGGCGCCGCUGGGCGCUACGCCUGCCGGGGUGGCGGGACCUGCCAGAUGGACGCCUUCAUGCGGCGCAAGUGCCAGCAGUGCCGGCUGCGCAAAUGCAAGGAGGCGGGCAUGAGGGAGCAGUGCGUCCUCUCGGAGGAGCAGAUCCGCAAGAAGAAGAUUCGGAAGCAGCAGCAGCAGCAGCAGCCGUCACCCAAAGGGCCGGGGGUCAGCGGCAGCUCAGCCUCUGGGCCUGGGGCCUCCCCUGGAGGGUCUGAUGGGGGCGCCCAGGGCUCCGGGGAAGGCGAGGGUGUCCAGCUAACAGCCGCUCAGGAACUGAUGAUCCAGCAGUUGGUGGCGGCCCAGCUGCAGUGCAACAAACGCUCCUUCUCCGACCAGCCCAAAGUCACGCCCUGGCCCCUGGGUGCGGACCCCCAGUCCCGUGACGCCCGCCAGCAGCGUUUCGCCCACUUCACGGAGCUGGCCAUCAUCUCGGUCCAGGAGAUCGUGGAUUUCGCCAAGCAGGUGCCUGGCUUCCUGCAGCUGGGCCGCGAGGACCAGAUCGCCCUCCUGAAGGCAUCUACCAUUGAGAUCAUGCUGCUGGAGACGGCCAGACGCUACAACCACGAGACAGGUUGCAUCACCUUCCUGAAGGACUUCACCUACAGCAAGGAUGAUUUCCACCGCGCAGGCCUGCAGGUGGAGUUCAUCAACCCCAUCUUCGAGUUCUCCCGGGCCAUGCAGCGGCUGGGCCUGGAUGACGCCGAGUACGCCCUGCUCAUCGCCAUCAACAUCUUCUCGGCCGACCGGCCCAACGUGCAGGAGACGAGCCGCGUGGAGGCCCUGCAGCAGCCCUACGUGGAGGCCCUGCUCUCCUACACGCGCAUCAAGAGGCCACAGGACCAGCUGCGCUUCCCCCGCAUGCUGAUGAAGCUGGUGAGCCUGCGCACGCUGAGCUCCGUGCACUCGGAGCAGGUCUUCGCCCUGCGGCUCCAGGACAAGAAGCUGCCGCCGCUGCUCUCCGAGAUCUGGGACGUCCACGAGUGAGGGG